AUGAAGAUUACAGACUCACAAGGAUAUGAUCUGUACGGUUAUGAUGGAGAAGAUUUCAUGAGUCUGGAUCUGAAAACUGGAACCUGGACUGAAGCGAAACCUCAAGCUGGAAUCUUUAUAAAGGAGUGGGAUCCUACAGAAGAUGAAGCUAAACACUGGAAGCGCUACCUGGAGAAUGACUGUAUUGAUUGGCUAAAGAAGUUUGUGUCUUAUGGCAGAGAGACUCUGGAGAGGAAAGUUCGUCCCGAGGCGUCAGUGUUCCACAAACACACUCCUUCUCCAGAGGUGGUGUGUCACGCUACAGGUUUCUUCCCCAAAGCACUGAAUAUCACCUGGCAGAAGGAUGGAGAGGACGUGACUGAGGACGUGGAGCUCAAUGAGACGUUACCCAACCAUGAUGGAAGCUUCCAGAAGAGGAGCAUUCUGAAAGUCCCAGCUGAGAAACUGCAGAAACACAAAUACACCUGCGUGGUUCAGCACAGCAGCUUGGAGAAGGAUUUAAUCCUAGAAGUAGCAAAAGAUGGAGGGCAGAUUGGAGUCGUCAUUGGUGUGGUUGUCGUCGCUCUCCUCGCUGUUGUCGCUGCUGUUGUCUUCUGGAAGAAGAGGAACUCUGGAUUCAAACCUGUUCCCCCCAGACCCUCCUCUGAAGGAAAUUCUUCCUCCAACAACUCUUAAACUGUGGCUGUGUGACUUCCUGCUGGAGAGAGAGUAAGACAUGAUGAUGUUUACAGUGUAAUAUGGAAUAAAAAUGUGUGUGUGGAGUGAAAAUCCAGCAGAAAAGCCUGAGCUCACAUUAAAUCUCAGAUCAGAGCUGAUAUUUGUCUCCAUUGUCAAGCGCAGUUUAAUGUCCAGCUAUAAGAUUGUGGUGAAAUAUUUCUCUCCCUGUUGCUCUCCUCUUUCACAGGUGAGGAGGUGCAGCCAUGCUUCUUCUGCUUCUUAUCGCAUUUAGCAGUGUGUGUAAUGCCUUACUGCCACAAAAUGGACUGCAGUAUGUAACACUGCAAUCGAGUCUUUUAUAUCUGUAUUUUAUAGAGAGAUGAAGAAAAAUGUUAUAAAAACAAAAGUCCUGUAAUAAUGUACUGUAGCUCUUAAAAACUAGAUUUCCUGCUUGUAUUCUUCCUUUUUUUUGUGGAAGCCUUUGUAAAUGUUACUCUACUGUAAAUAUUACUCUACUAUCCUGUAUUUUGUAAAAACUGUAAAAAUAGAGAUUCUAACAAUUGGUGCUGAACACUUAAAGGGGAACUGAAGUCAUUUUUUAAAAACUUGCUUUAUUUCUUAAUUAAUGUGUUCAAUUACGUUUUCGGUUUUAGUAACCUUAUAUCGUGACUUGUAUUGGCAACUAAUUGCAAUUAAAUAUUAUACUUAUCAGCCUA